AUUCGUGAAGCAUUUCCUCCACUUCCUCGGAGGAAGCACGACUCGGUUUCCUAGCAACUCGCGCGGCAUACACAAAACUUUCAGGUCAUUUCAUUCGGCUGUUGAUGUUGUCGGUGACUAGAAGGCGGUGGAGUGUUGGUGUUUUAUUUUUGGAAAUAUGGGCUGUUCAACAACCGUCGUCAAAUAUCUCGUAUUCUUCUUCAAUCUAGUGUUCGCCAUCGCUGGCGCCGGUCUUCUCGCCUUGGGCAUCCUCCUCAAGUUGAAAAACAAUGACAUUCAGAACUUCAUUCCAGACAAGUACCAUCUCAGCCUGCCGCCCGUUUUACUCAUCAUCAUCGGCUCGAUUAUCUUCGUUACAGCCUUCUUCGGAUGCUGCGGCGCCAUCAGAGAGAGCACCUGCAUGCUCACAACGUUCGCCAUCAUACUACUGACGCUGCUGAUCAUCCAAAUCGCCAUCGGCGCCUACGCCUUCCUCCAGGUCGGCGACACCGCCGACAUGAAGGCGUCGGUUACGCAAAUGGUCGAAAAGUCCUUCAACCAGUACAACACCUCCAAGAGCGCCCAAGCGGAGUUCGACUUUCUCCAGAACUUCUUGCACUGUUGCGGCGUUGAGAGCGUGUACGACUGGAAGUGGGAGGGCGGCAAAUUGCCCAUGUCCUGCUGCAACAACAACAAAAACUGUACCAUUGGGUCGACCAACGCGUACAAAGACGGCUGUGGGAUCAAGGCGUACCAGUGGUUCAAAAACGGCUUGGAUCUGUUGGGGAUUUUGGCGGUGGCUAUCGCGUCCAUCGAGAUUAUCGGUGCCAUUUUCGCAUUGUGCCUUUCGAGUUCCAUCAAAAAUCAGUUGCGGCGUGAGGCCUACGCUUAAACCUUCUAGUGUAUAAUUUAGAUGUUUGUUCAUUCACACGAGCUUUAUGCAAAGUAUUAUUAUGUAAAUAAUUAGGGCAAUGUACAAACGUCUCAUCUCACGUUGUUUGAUCACUCUAUUCCACCAACUCAUUUUACUACUUUACAGUGUCAAAUUAAAUGUGAUAAUAAUUUUUAUAUUUUUUUCGGACUGAUGUUAGCAGUUAGACUUCUACCAAAGAAUAAGUGCACGUUAUCUCACUUUGUUGGUACGUUUUGUAUGAUUUUUAACCGAAUAAAGUUCUGUAUAUGUGUAAAA